UUCAGCUAAAAGAAACGAGCCUUAUGGCACCUCAUGAUUGAAAUGGCGAUUGAUGGCGAUAUUCAUGAGAAAUGUUUGCGCGGGAACGAAAAUUCUGCAUAGAAUUUGAUAGGACUUAAGAUAAGAUAUCUAUAGGAUUUAGACUCCACUAUGCCUAACGCAAGUAUUAAGCUACAAGUUGACGGCAUUUUAAUCUGACACUUAUAAAAUACAUGUAGAGUCACUUCGUGCUUAUUACACGCAAUAUGAAGAAACGUCAAUUAUCACAGAGAAAGAUUUCUAAUAAUGUCGAUAAAUCUCAGACAAAAAUAUCAUCGUUUUUUACAAAAAUUCCAAAAGCUGUGAUAGACGACAAUAAGGUUGUAUCAGAUAAAAACUGUUUAUUUCAAACUACGAUCGAAAGAAAAAGGAAGGAAAGAGAUGACGCCUUUGAAGAAGAAUCCUAUGUGAGCAAAAAGAAAUGUAAUAUAAGUGAAGAGUCACUGAAAGAACGUUGUACUAUAAAGACAGAACAUUUCGAAUCACAUAAUGAUUCAGUAUUAUUAUCUAUAUUGAAAGACUUUGAAGAACCGCAUAGUAAUUUUAAGGAAAAUGAAGUUACAUGCAAAGAUACAGUGCUUCAAAAAGUUAAAAAGGAAGGUGAUAUUACAGUAAAAAGCGAGCAAAGUGUAAAUAUUUUACAAAAUCCUGUCAUUAAAAAUAUAAAUGUUUCAGAUGUUACUCAUAAUAAUAGUCAUGUUCUUAAAGAACAAGAUUUAAAUAUUGUUACUUUAAAGUCUGCUGUAGAAACAUCUGAGCAUGAAAAAGCUAAAUUACAUGAUUUAAAGAAAACAGAAUCUUUCGAAGACUUUUCUGUAAUGAUAAAUGGAGAAGAGCUUAAUGAUUUCUUUGAUCAAGAAUGGCAUGCGCAGAUUAAUUUUACCACCUUUGAAAGGUGUAAAAUAAUUGACGUGAAGCACGAAUUGAAAGUCACUGUUUUAACGGUACAGCACUUGAAAUCUGAAAAUAUUGACAUUGUUGCAUGUUCAGGAUUUUGGAAAGAUGCACAAGUAAAGAUUAACGAUAUUGUAACGAUACAGGCCACAAAGGGUUCGCGACAAUGGGUUGUAGAUAAUAAUAACGGCUUUCUUGUUACACAACCUGAUUUGUUAAUAUCUGGCACAACAAUAAUGGGUGGUUUAUUUUGCAACAGGCGAGCGGUUUUGACUGAGAAGUUCAGGAAAAUAGAGUCGCUACCAGAUUUGAACGCCGAUUAUUCCGUGAUGACCGUGGGAUCUUUGGUUCAUCAGUGGCUGCAAAAGGCAUUGCAAGAGAAUAUCUGCGCCCUAUCCGACGUGAUCAAGCUGUUGGAUGAUAUAUUACGAUCAAAGGACACGAUAGACUAUCUCUACGCGUCAGAAAUGUCGCUUGCUGAUUGUCGGAAACGUAUGAUGGAGUAUGCUCCGGAAAUUUUCAAGUUCAUUCAGCAUUAUAUCGUGGGUAACAAACAGCACCACAUAAGCAAUUUAAAGGACAACUUUCAAGGGAGUAUUAAUAACAUACAGGACAUUGAGGAGACAGUUUAUAUACCGCAGCUGGGCAUAAAGGGAAGGAUAGAUGUGACGGCGGAGGUGAAUAUUAAUUCGAGAAGGAAGAUCAUGCCUCUGGAGUUGAAAACUGGAAGAGCCUCCUACUCUCUCGAACACAAGGGCCAAGUUAUUCUCUAUCUUAUGAUGAUGGGUUUCAGAGAUCAAGAUAUCGAUACUGGACUUCUGUUAUACCUAAAGGAAAACGCGAUGCAGGAAAUUAAGAGCAGACAUCAUGAGAAGAGAGACUUGAUACUGCUGCGAAAUACUUUGGCGCAUUAUUUCGCUAAACAACCCGAAGAUCUACGGAGCAUAAACUCGGAGUCGGACCUAAAGGCGAUGGAAUUGCCUGAACCGAUAAAUCAUCACAGUGCAUGCAGCAGAUGUUCUUAUCAGACUCUGUGCUGUGCAUAUCUAGCGAGAGACCCAAACGCGAAUUUGUCACUGUCGCAUCCGUUAACAGCGCUACUUAAAGAAGUGCAGGACAACAUUGAGACUAGUCAUUUGGAUUAUAUUAUGAAGUGGAUCGCAUUACUGCAAUUGGAAGAAAGUUACGAGAACAAUAAUAGCAGUUUAAGCAGCGUAUGGACGACAAGUGCCGAGAAGAGGGAGGCGAAAGGAACAUGUAUCUGCAACUUGAAGAUUGUCGACAAGGUGGUAAAGCAAGGUGAUAGAUAUCAGCACAAGUUUGCACGCGUAAACAUUAAGGGGGAAACUAUCGAGAAUGGUGUACUUAGUGGUACAUUCACCGAGAACAGUUAUAUUAUUGUUAGCACGGACGCACGAGUUAAUAUAGCUGCCGGAUAUAUAAUGCACGUUUCGCAUGACAUCGUUAAGGUCCUAUUGGACAAAGAUAUUACUCAGUUGUAUGCAAACUCUACAUUUCAUAUUGAUAAAUACCCUUCUACGGGUCUAUCUACGUUCAAUUACGCGAACAUAGCCGGUCUGUUGAACAAUGAUGAAAUGUACGUAAAGCUUCGACGCAUCAUCAUCGAUAGGAGACCGGCUACAUUUGUGGAAAAAUUACCCCGUUCGGUGGUGUCAGUUAGCGCCAAGAUAAUAAGCGAUCUAAACGAGAAUCAACAGAGAGCCGUGCUGAAAGCAGUAGCUGCCCAAGAGUACAUUCUGAUAAAAGGUAUGCCAGGAACGGGGAAAACGCAAACGCUGGUAGCUCUGAUAGAGUUGCUGCAGGAGUUGGGUUCCAGCGUGCUAAUUACCGCGCACACGCACAGCGCGGUAGACAACAUUCUUCUCAAGCUGCUGGAACGGAACAUCGAUUUUCUGCGUCUCGGUUCGACAAAGCAGAUCCAUCCUUUAUUGACGUGCAAGAACGAAGAAUACGCGCUUGCGAGUUGCGAUUCGCCGGAGGACCUGGAGACACUCUAUAACAGCAAACGCAUUGUCGGCAUGACUUGCUAUGGCGCGUAUCACGCGCUCCUUAGGAGACGCAGGUUCGACGUGUGCGUGGUUGACGAAAGCGCGCAAAUCAUGUUGCCCACGGUACUGCGACCGUUAUACAGCGCACGCAAGUUUAUCCUCGUCGGAGACCCAGAUCAGCUGCCACCCAUCAUCAAGAACAAGACUGCCGCGAAACUUGGCGCAGACGAAUCUCUGUUCAUUAGGCUAGAUAGUAACGACAACACCGUCAAUCUGUGGAAGCAGUACAGAAUGAAUGGAAGGAUCAUGAGGCUAGCCAAUGAAGCGACCUAUCGCGGUAAGCUAGUUUCCGGCAACAAGCAGGUGGAGAAUGCGACUUUGACUGGCACGAAUAUGGAGCAAGUUCUCUCGUCCUGCGAGAGAUGGGUGAGAAGUGCGCUCUCCAGGAACUUGGAUGAUUCGGUGGUGAUGCUCAAUACUGGUAGCACUUACAAUUUGAAUGUAGAAUCUGGCAGAGACAUUAUAUUGGAUCAAAUGUACUCCAACAUUUGGGAAGUCGCUAUUACUUUGCGUCUCGUCCAAGUGCUCACUGAGGCGGGCGUGUGCGCUAGAAAUAUAGGAAUUAUUGCGCCUUACAAUGCUCAUAUAAAUUUAUUAAAAAAGGUCAUAGAUAAAGAAGUGGAAGUAAACACCGUAGAUCAAUAUCAAGGACGUGAUAAGGAUGUUAUACUGUACUCGUGUACGAAGAGUGUCGAAUGCGACACGAAGAAAGAAUUUGAGAUAUUGGAUGAUCAGCGACGUUUGACGGUAGCCAUCACUCGUGCAAGGCACAAGCUGAUUAUAAUCGCUGAUAAAGUCACGUUACUUAGAUAUAUGCCAUUUAAAAACCUGUUUGACAUCAUCGAGGAGAAGAAUGUGAUAAAUUUGCAAGAUGGCGAGGAAGACUUUAGCUGGAAAAGUCUCAUUCGUAGAAUUGACAAUUGCGAUAAAGAAUUCAAGGACUAAUUGAAUGAUUUUUUUGUAACAAUGAAAAACAGAUUGAUAAACUAAUAUUUGCAUUUUGUUAAUGUUUCAUAAAAUAGCAUCACGCACAAUCAACGAAAACUUUACGAAAUAUACAAAUAU